GAGGUUAUGUGAGAUUAUGUGAGGUGAGGUUAUUAGGUUAUACUUGAAAAAGUAAACAUGGGAAAUAAAAGAAAACUGAAAUCUUCCAAAGACGAUGAGUUUGAAUUCGACCCAGUUCCUAAACAUUUAGUUGUAGCUCAUUUAAAAGACAAAGAAAAACGUCUAAUAAUUAUAUUGGAAGGGGCUCAACUGGAAACUGUUAAGGUAGGAAACAAAUUCGAGUUACUAAAUUGUGAUGAUCAUACUCAUAUUUUAAAAAGCAACAAUCGUGAUGUUGGAUCCUGCCGUCCCGAUAUUACUCAUCAAUGCCUUCUGAUGUUAUUUGACAGUCCAUUGAAUAGAGCUGGCUUAUUACAAGUUUAUGUACACACUGCUAAUAAUGUUCUUAUUGAAAUUAAUCCCCAAACUAGAAUACCCAGAACAUUUAAACGUUUCGCCGGACUAAUAGUACAACUAUUGCACAAGUAUUCAAUACGAGCUGAAAAUGGACCUAAAUUAUUGAAAGUAAUAAAGAAUCCGAUCACUGACCAUCUUCCUGUGGGUAUAAAAAAAAUAGCUAUGUCGUUUUCAUCAAAGGUAGUUCAGAAUUGUCGAGAAUUGGUUCCUAAAACAGAAGAACCAAUUGCAGUGGUGAUAGGAGCUAUGGCUAGAGGAAGUGUAAAUAUUGAUUACACCGAAGAAACCAUUUCCAUUAGUAAUUAUCCUUUGUCCGCUGCUUUGACUUGCACAAAACUUUGUUCGGCUUUUGAAGAAACAUGGAAUGUUAUCUAAUCUUAUUUAUUGUCUUUUUUUUUUAAUUCACACAUAGGUGUAGGUACAUCAAUAGUCGCUUAAAUGAAAAUUGCCAAGGUAUGUUUCACUGUUUGAAAAGAAAAUAGAUUGAUUUUUUUAAUAAAAAAUAUUGUUUACACAA